GGGGGGCUGAUCUGGAGCGGAUCUGAGAGUAGCCCGGUCCGGUUUGGAGCGGAUUUGACUCGUUUGGGAGCGGGUUUGUAACGGGUGUGGACCGCCUGGAAAGAAAGGAGGAGGGAAAGUUUGUUUCAUUUUCUGUUCAAGUCUCUGCAGCACAGUUGUCAGUCAUGUGUAGGUAGAGACUGGCUCCACGGCGCCCACCAUGCGAAAGCAUCUGGACAGGAUCCGGUUCCGGGGUCAGAGACGGGACGAGUUCCUGGAUCUGGCCGAGUCGCCCAACACGUCAGACACAGAAUGCACCGAGGAGAUUGUGAUUAAGCCACGUACCUCCGUCAAAGAGACGGAGGAGCUGAGGGAGGCGGAGGGAGAGCAGCAGAGUGAAGCUCAGGCUGGUCCAGGAUCAUUUUCUGCAGCUCUCCAAGAGGACCAGAGAACAGAUCUCAACGAGGUCAAAGGUCACCUAGAAAUCGCCUUGUUAGAGAAACACUUCUUACAGGAGGAGCUGAGGAAACUUAAAGAGGAGUCCAAUGUGGAGUCACUGAAACAGGAGCUGGAGAGGGAGCGCAGCAGAUGCAACGAGCUGGAGCAGAAGAUCAACGACGUCUUGAGAUCCAGCCUGGAAGACUCACCUUCUCAGACACCUAAACCAUCGCCCCCACUCCCUCCUCCAUCUACUGUCAGCAGCACAGACAAACAGAAGGACAAGCUGUCUGACAGCUUCCUGAAAUGGCUUUACAAUCGUUUCGGCGUUUAUAUCGAGGAUUUCCGUUUCCAACCGGAGGAGCAGACGGUGGAAACGGAGGAGCCACUGAGUGCCAAGAGGUUGACUGAAAACAUGAGACGGCUCAAACGGGGAUUCAGACCUGUGACCAACUUCAAGAGGAAUCUUUCUGCCUUAUCCAGCUGGUACUCUGUUUACACGUCGGCCAUCGCCUUCAUUGUCUACAUGUAUGCAGCGUGGCACGGCUGGGCCGUCCCCAUGUUCCUGUUCCUCGCCAUCCUCCGCCUCUCCUUAAAUUAUCUCAUCGCCAGAGGCUGGAGGAUCCAGUGGAGCAUCGUACCUGAAGUCUCAGAGCCUGUGGAGCCUCCUAAAGAAGACCUGACGGUGUCGGAGAAGUUCCAGCUGGUUCUGGACGUCGCUCAGAAAGCUCAGAAUCUGUUUGGCAAGAUGGCAAACAUCCUGGAGAAAAUAAAGAAUCUGUUCAUGUGGGUUCAACCAGAGUUGACUCAGAAGCUGUAUGUUGGUCUGUGGUUGGCCUUCAUCUCCUCCUGCCUGCUGCCUUACAAACUGCUGGGAUUCAUCAUAGGUGUGUACGCAGGUAUAAAGUUCUUCAUCAUUGACUUCAUCUUUAAGAGUUGUCCCAAGCUGAGGCAGCGCUACGACACACCCUACAUCAUCUGGACCAAUUUACCCACUGACCUGCAGCUGAAGGAGCGCAGCAACACCACGCUGAGCAGACGGGUUCCUGCGGCGGGGGGGCGAGGCAGCUUCGGUGCUGCAGCUCCACUGGGUGUCAGCCGGGACGAGGACGGAGGGCGAUACUACAGCACCAAGAGAGGAACUUUUCACGAAGUCUUCAAUCUACCGGAGUGUGAGCACCCUCUGACAGUGUGUGAGAACGGCUGGCGCUGCUGCCUCAUCAACAGAGACCGGAAGACACCGACAGACUACAUCCGCAAUGGAGUCCUCUAUGUCACUGAGAAUCAUCUGUGUUUCGAGAGCUCCAGUUCCAGGUCUGGAUCCUCUAAGAGGAACAAAGUCAUCAAACUCACCGACAUCACCGACAUCCAGAAGUACAAAGUUUUGUCCGUGCUGCCGGGAUCUGGGAUGGGGAUCUCCAUAGCAACGCCCUCCACCCAAAAGCCGAUGGUGUUCGGUGCCAUGAUCCACAGAGACGAGGCCUUCGACGCCAUCAACACUCAGUACAUGAAGAUCAAUGGCAUUGCUACAGCCACCAACCCAGAGACAUAGUAACACCUUCAUAAGAUGGCUGCCUUUACACAAACACCGGACAUCUUCACACAGCUGCUGAACUUUAGUUUGAGUUGCUUCCAUGUGAUUAGGGAUACUUGCUUAGUCAUCAAAACUAAAUGAUUUUCUGACAUUAAAUCACUGAUUACAGUAAUAUUACAUUAUCCGAUUCCAACAGAUCACUGACUUUAUGUCAGAAUCAGCCAAACCAAUACUAAUCACUGUUCUUAAACAGUUUUACAGAAAGUUCCCUCAAAAUAGGCCAGUUUAUGGCACAGUAUUAGUUUACUGUAUAUUCUCCAGUUAAUUGCUGGUAUUUAAAUUAUGUCUUCUCAUUGACUCAGUUUACAUGCACAAAAUGUUACUGUUUUUGUCCUUAUUUUGAAGACAAUAUUCCUACUAAUCUCCGUGGAGCUCAACAUUUCCUGGGCAGAUGCUUCACAAUAAAAGCCUUCCAAGGGCACAAUCUUUCCUAUACUUGGCAGGCUUUUAAUGUGAAACAUCUACAGCUCAUUAUUCAAGCUACAGUUGUUAAGUUCUCAGAGAUAAUCAGUGGUUUACGAUGUAAGAAGAAUGUGAUUGAUCAGUUUGUUCAGACUGAUCGGCUGAACCAACACACCGUCACCUGCAGCUCAUCAGUCAGCUGUGUCAUGUGACUGGCUGCAGGUUGUGUCAUUUCAGCUUACUACCACAGAGGUCUGUUAAACUGAUUAUAUAUUACAGCGGGAAGUUUAAGACAGAAUUAAUCAACAACUACUUUGAUAAUCAAUGUGUCAUUUAAUUAACUUAUUAAUCAGAAUCUCCAAUCAUUCUUGGCUGUUACUUCUCCAGUGUGAGGAUUUGCUGCUUUUCUCUGUUUUAUGUAUCAUUGUAAACUAAGUGCACUGUUAGCAGGACAAAACAAGAUGUCAACUUGGAUUCUGGAUAUUUUGAAGUUUUCAGACAUUUGAGUGCGAUGGAUAUCUGUCUGCAGUUGAUGUAGUGAAUAAGUUCACUAAGAGACAAAAAUAUUAAAGAACAGAUAAAGUAUCAGGGAAGACACCUGUAUCAAACAAUAACAGGGCGUCUUCCUCUGUAAAUUUAGUUACUAACGGUAGCAUCAAAAAUGAAAUUUGCAACCCUUGAGUCAACAAUCACAGCCAAACUGAACUUUAAAGUGCAGCUGCAACCAGCGAUUAUUAAUCAAAUAAUGCUGGUCUGCUGAUAUUUUCUCAAUUAAUCGAUUUGGUCUAGAAAACAAAUAAUGACAACAGUUAUUUUGCUUUGCCUGGCGAACAGCUGAAACCCUAAAAGUAUUCAGUUUAGAAUAAUGUAAAACUGAGAAAAUCAGCUCAUCGUCUCUCUCAUUACUGCUGCGUCCUGUCUGUCCUGGUAAUGUAUUAGAUGGGAAAGUUUACUGCACAACCUGUCAGUGCUGAAACGAUUAGCCUGCUUGAUUUUCUGAUCAUAUUCCACCUACAUCUGAAGGAAAAAAAAAGUUGUUUUUACAGUGUUAUUGUCGGAUAAACACGUUUAAACCUCAUAUUAAUUUACAUUAGUGUCUUCAGGGAAAAUCUUCAUUAUGACUCUGUAUUGUACUUAGCAGCUAAGCCUUACAGUCCGUUAAUAUUAGUGUGUUGUUUUUUUACGUGGUGGUAAGAGACUGUACCCUAUAUGAAUGUUCAAGAACUAGCUUCUGUGCAACAUUUAAUGUAAACCACAAAAUUAACUUUUACCCCCUUUUUUUUUUUUUUGUCCGAGCUAAGAAGCUAAAGCUAACAAAACAGACACAAACUGUAAUACUGAAGUUUUGUCAAAUCAUGGUUUAUUCACAUUAUGCUUUAGCUUUAAAAAGCCACAAACUAAAAUCAGAUAUUUGUUUAAACUUUAGCUUUUGUUCUAUAGCUUGAAACUAAUUGGCUUAAGGUUAACAAUUGAAAACAACAUAAUAACCUGAUAUGCACGUUUUUGUCACAGCUCUGUUAUCUUUCAGCUAAGCUUCUAAGCUAAGAGGCUAAAAGAAGCUGAAAUGUUGACCUUUUUUUGUUCAUCUUCUGUUUAACUUCAGCUUUUUUUCUAACCCUAGCUAACAGGCUAAAGCUAAACAAGUUUUAGUUUUUUAUUUUUGCGCAAACCACUAAUUGUUGCUCUUAAAUGAAUGAUUAGUGCUCUCACAUUGCUAUCAAUCUGGUCUGAAUGAGCUUGGAUUUUAAAAGUUUUAAUUUUGAGGUCUGCGAUAUUCUUUAGAUUUUCCUUUGACAUCCUAACAUCCAUAAACAUGUAUGCUUAUUAUUUGUCCUUAACAGCUGAAUAAUGAGGACAUCUCUUCUGGCAGCCAGCUAAUGUGCAGUUAUGUAGAUUUUUAAAUGUGUCUGUUCCUGCCGAUCACCACCUGUCUGUAACUGUGUAUUAACUACGUAUUAACUAUAAGUCUGAUGGCUGUCACACCAGCAUGUGUUACUUAUAUUUCAUGUCAAAUUCACUCCAUUUUAAUGAAAAUGUUAGAAAUCUGACCAAAAUGGAGGACGCUGUCUUUUAGUGAGUAAAUCAUUUUCUAACCUGCACUUGAAACAUCCAGCAUAAAGGAAGUAGUUUAUUUCCUCCUCAAGCCUCAACACAUUAAUCCUUCUCACUGGUGUGAUUGGGUCUCUCAAAGCUUUUUUGCUGCCAAAUCUUUUGUCUUUUGUAGUAUUUAAUUAUGUUUCAUAUUAAAAAGUUUUAACUGUUUUAAUUUUUGCAAUAUUGAUGCCAGUUAACGCCAUUUUGCCUCCUUCAGACUCUUUGCUUUUUGCGGUUCUUGACUGUUUUAACCCCCCUUAUCUUCCUUAGUCUGUCUUUGUGAUUCCUCAGGUUUCGUUUCUCUCCUGUUUACGUUAACGCUGUGAACAUUUCUCUGUCGACCUGUUGUGUCUUUUAGGAUUUAAUGGUUUUAUAAAAUGGUGUCAUUGUACAAACAGGUGUAAUUUUUUUAACUAAAAUGAUUUCUGUUGUGCAGAGGGGAUGUACAUUUUUUUAUUCAAGUAAAAUCAAAUGUAAAACA